AUAAUAAAAACUUGUUUGCUUAACCCUAAUCUUUAAUUAUAUGUUAUUGUUCAUGUAAUACACACGAAAUAAUUCUAUAAAAUUGCUAUGUUAUCAUAGCAUAUAAGAAUGCUCCGUUCUCUAAGAUGUUUUAGUAAGAAUACAAAAGAGUUAGGAAGUUUUUCACAAUAUUGUAUUCAGAAAUGUAGCUUUCAUUUAACUUCAGCUCUAACGCACGGUGAAUAUGAGUGGCAGGAUCCUAAAUCUGAAGAUGAAGUUGUAAAUAUUGUAUAUGUGGAUAAAGAAGGUAACAAAACCAAAGUAAGAGGAAAGAUUGGAGAUAAUGCAUUAUAUUUAGCACAUAGGUAUGGAAUAGAAAUGGAAGGUGCUUGUGAAGCGUCACUGGCAUGUACAACAUGCCAUGUUUAUGUCAAUCAAGAUUAUUUUGAUAAACUGCCUCAAUCAGAAGAAAAAGAGGAUGAUCUAUUAGAUAUGGCCCCAUUUUUAAAAGAAAAUUCUAGAUUAGGAUGUCAAAUAACAUUAACAAAAGACCUUGAAGGAAUGGAACUAAAAUUACCUAAAGCAACAAGAAACUUUUAUGUUGAUGGUCACAAACCCACCCCACAUUAAGAAAUGAUAAAAUAAAACUUUCGAGUCUAUAAAUGUUUAUUAAAUUAGGUCUAAACUCGGUUAGUUAUUUUCAUACUAAAUUGCAGUUAUGCAACUUCUAAACAAUUACUUUAACCCAAUUUUUUUAUUUAAUGUAGAUAUAUAUGUAGAUUAAUAAAAACAUUAUAAA